AUUAUUUGUUUUCUUUUUAGCAAAGCCAAGCUUGUGUAAUGUGUCUCAUCCUAGCAUGCUCUAGAAUGACUCAGGAAGAACAGGUGGCAGAAUGGGCAACUCGAGCAUUUCUGUUGUAUGGGGGAGAACCUUGUAUAUCGUUUCCUGUACCCACUAAUCCUAGUUCCUUGAUGAUUCCUCCCAGCUCUCCUGCACCUACCUUUGGUCCAUCAACUGUUCCAGCUUGGUCAAGCACCCCUGCAGUAGGUCACCAUCCUGGUACAACUUUUUCUGUCCCUGGUUCAGGUAUUCCAUACAGUCCAGUAGUCUCUCUAAACCAGACAUAUGGUCUUCCUUCACAAGAACAGCAGUCAAUGUUAACACAACAACAGCUUCCAAGUGGUGGACCAGAAAUGGUUUACUCCGGUAAACAUAAUGGUCUCUAUCUUUAUCUUUCAAGGAUAUUAAGGUAAUGA